UAAAUAACGAUUCAUUUCCACCACCAGAAUUAGUUCAAGAACAAAGCUUUCUUUCUUUCUCAUUCAACAAUGGCCGCCUCAACCAUGGCUCUCUCCUCCCCAUCUUUCGCUGGCAAGGCAGUGCAGCUUGCUCCAUCAACCCCCGAGCUCGGUGUUGCUCGUGUCAGCAUGAGGAAAACCGCCUCCAAGUCUGUUUCCUCUGGAAGCCCAUGGUACGGUCCAGACCGUGUCAAGUAUUUGGGUCCAUUCUCUGGCGAGCCCCCGUCUUACCUUACCGGAGAAUUUCCAGGUGACUAUGGUUGGGACACUGCUGGGUUGUCAGCUGACCCAGAAACUUUUGCCAAGAACCGUGAGCUCGAAGUCAUCCACUCUAGGUGGGCAAUGCUUGGAGCCCUUGGAUGUGUCUUCCCUGAACUCUUGGCUCGCAAUGGAGUCAAAUUCGGCGAGGCUGUCUGGUUCAAGGCUGGAGCACAGAUCUUCAGUGAGGGUGGACUUGACUACUUGGGCAACCCAAGCUUGGUCCAUGCACAAAGCAUCCUGGCCAUUUGGGCUACACAGGUUAUCUUGAUGGGUGCCGUCGAGGGAUAUCGUAUUGCCGGUGGGCCACUAGGUGAGGUAACGGAUCCAAUUUACCCAGGUGGAAGCUUUGACCCACUUGGUCUUGCUGAUGACCCAGAGGCUUUUGCCGAGUUGAAGGUGAAGGAGCUCAAGAACGGUAGAUUGGCUAUGUUCUCCAUGUUUGGAUUCUUUGUGCAAGCCAUCGUGACAGGGAAGGGACCCUUGGAGAAUCUGGCUGACCACCUUGCAGACCCCGUGAACAACAAUGCCUGGGCAUAUGCCACAAACUUUGUCCCUGGAAAGUGAGCUUUUGUAAAAGAAAUGUCAAAUUUUCCUUUUAGACUGAUGUUGGCGAUGUAAUUAUUUGUUUGUUUGAAAAAAAAUUAAUGGAGAGCUUGAUCUGAA